GCGAGGUCCUGCCUCGUUUCUCUCCGUCCAAUGAAACGUGAAGUCGCGCGGGGUGCGUGCAUGACAGCGGCGCAGAGCGAGAGCAGCAGACGGGCAGCAGCGGAGUUGCUCCGAACAUCUUCGACUUCCCAAACCAAACCAAAGCAAAAACACCUCGCCUGCUCUCAGCUGCUGUGCCCGGGGAUAUGCCUUCGGACCGCUUGUUUUUUUGUCGGAUUUGAACUGGAUUCAGCCCCCGAUCGCUCCGGAGAAGAUGGCCGACUGUGAAGCGAGCAGCAGCGGAGAAAGUGUGCCUUGUUUGGAGCGGAACGGGUCGUGUGUGUGCCACAACAUGGAACUGGAGCGAACCAAGGCCAGCGGCAGCGGCAGCAGCAGCCUGUAGCAGCAGCAGCAGCAGCUAACGCUAGCCUGCUAACGUCACAGGUGUCUGUGGAGAUAAUAGCCAACAUAACUUGUAGCUGUAGUUAGCUGGUGCUCUCAAAUGUUGGGACUCAACAUUGAACUCGAUGUGCCUGUUUUCAGCUUUAUAAUCGAUGCCAAGCAGCGAGAAUAAUAUUGUUGUUAGCAUUAGCCGCUGAGUUAGCCCCGUGUUUAUUAGCUUCCGAGCUAGCGAGUUAACUUUCCAGCUACAUGUGCUUGUGUGACAUACAGCCAUAUUUUCACUGUUAACUCUGCCUCGACUCUAGCCGCCUGGUUUAGUGGAUUUACUACGACUCGCUAAGCGGUUAGUUUUUUUUCCCUCUUCCCACCGUGCCUGCCCCUGACUGACCCACCCACAAGGACUAUCUACCCGGGGCCGAUGCUGACAGUUCAGCCCGGACCACGGCAACGCCAGGAGCCGCUACAGCGAUGCAGCCCCAGCAGAUCUACGACUUUUCAAGUGAAGAGAACAGUCACAAAUGGAGAGGCCUCUUCGUGCAAGCGCUGCGGAAGGUGCAGAAGCAGGUCCAUCCCAACCUCACGGCAAAUGAGGAUGCGCUCGAGCACAUUGAGGAGCUGAUCCUGCAGCUGCUCAACAUGCUCUGUGUGGCUCAACCACGCACUGUGCAGGACGUAGAGGAGCGUGUCCAGAAGACCUUCCCUCAUCCCAUAGACAAGUGGGCCAUAGCUGAUGCCCAGUCCGCCAUUGAGAAACGCAAAAGGAGAAACCCUUUACUGCUCCCUGUGGAUAAGAUCCACCCGCUGCUUAAGGAGGUCUUGGGUUAUAAAGUGGACUACCAUGUCUCCCUGUACAUCGUAGCUGUUCUUGAGUACAUAUCAGCAGACAUUUUGAAACUAGCAGGAAACUACGUUGGCAACAUCAGGCACUAUGACAUCAGCCAGCAGGACAUCAAAGUGUCCAUGUGUGCCGACAAGGUGUUGAUGGACAUGUUUGACCAGGAGGAGGACAUUGGUUUGAUGUCACAGUGCACCGAGGAGCCCUCGUCUUCAGGGGAGCUCACCUACGACGACCUCGUGAGGCUUGAAAUCGCAGAGGAACGGCAAUACCUGCGAGAACUCGACCUUAUCAUCAAAGUUUUCCGUCAUCACUUCUUGUCUAAUCCAAAAAUCUUCACACCUCAGGAUGUGGAGGCCAUCUUCAGCAACAUCCUGGACAUUCAUGAGCUGACCGUGAAACUGCUGGGGCUGAUCGAAGAUGCUGUGGAGAUGACCGCCGACGGCAGCCCUCAUCCACUAGUGGGCAGCUGCUUUGAGGACCUUGCUGAGGAGCAAGCCUUCGACCCAUACGAGACCCUCUCUCAGGACAUCCUCAGCAAGGAUUUCCACAAGCACUUCAACAACUUGAUGGCACGGCCCACUGCUGGCCUUUAUUUCCAGUCUGUUGCUGAAGGCUUCAAGGAGGCGGUCCAGUACGUCCUCCCUCAGCUGAUGAUGGUCCCAGUCUACCAUUGUAUGCACUAUUUUGAGCUGCUGCAGCAACUUCAGGAGCGCAGUCAAGAUCAAGAUGACAGAGAAUGUCUGAAGCAGGCGAUCACAGCGCUGCUCAACCUCCAAAGCAGCGUGGAGCGCAUCUAUGCCAAACACCAGCCCCGUCGCAAACCCGGCGAGCCCAUGUACCGCCUGUACAGCAGGCAGGUCCGGAGCAAGCAGCUGGCCAUCAAACGCAUGAACGAGAUCCAGAAGAGCAUUGACGGCUGGGAGGGCAAAGACAUCGGUCAGUGCUGCAGCGAGUUCAUCCUGGAGGGGGCGCUUUUACGAGCCGGCGCCAAACACGAGCGGCACAACUUCCUGUUCGACGGGCUGAUGAUUAGCUGCAAGGCCAAUCAAAGCUCCCGGCUCCCCGGCUCGGGCAGCGGAGCCGAGUUCCGCCUGAAAGAAAAGUUUGUGCUGAGGAAAAUCCGCAUCGUGGACCGCGAGGACUCGCUGGAUCUGCGGCACGCUUUCGAACUGGUGGGCAAGGACGAGAACUGUGCAGUGUUCUGCGCGCGGACUGCUGAGGAGAAGGCGGCGUGGAUGGCUGCGCUGGUGACUCUCCAGUACCGCUCCACUUUGGACCGCAUGUUGGACACGGUGCUGCAGCAUGACGAGCAGGCGCAUCCGCUCAGACUGCCCUCCCCGGAGCUUUACCGCUUCGCUGUGCAGGACUCUGAGGAGAAUAUAGUGUUUGAGGACAAGGUUCAGAGUAAAACCGGCAUCCCCAUCAUCAAAGCUGGCACCGUGGUCAAGCUGAUAGAGAGGCUCACCUACCACAUGUAUGCUGAUCCAAAUUUUGUUCGCACAUUUCUCACCACGUACCGAUCGUUCUGCAAACCACAGGAGCUUCUCUCUCUGCUCAUCGACAGGAUCGAGAUACCUGAGCCAGAGCCGACGGAGGAGGACAGGCAAGCGCUCUGGAACGGUGACCAGCCCAUGGCAGCUGAGCUCCAGAGGUUCCGCAAGGAGUACGUGCAACCUGUUCAACUCAGGGUCCUCAACGUUUUCCGUCAGUGGGUCGAACAUCAUUUCUACGACUUUGAAAAUGAUCCAGAACUGAGGAGCCAACUAGAGGAAUACAUCACGAGCAAAAUCCAGCUGAGAGGGAAGUCCAUGAGGAAGUGGGUGGAGUCGAUCAACAAGAUCAUCAAGAGGAAGCUGCAGACGCAGUCGAACGGCAUCAGUCACAACAUCACCUUCGAGAGCCCUCCGCCUCCCGUGGAGUGGCACAUCUGUCGAGCCGGUCAGGUGGACUCCUUCGACCUCAUGACCCUCCAUCCGAUCGAGAUCGCACGGCAGCUGACUCUGCUGGAGUCGGAGCUCUACAGAGCCGUUCGGCCGUCUGAGCUGGUGGGCAGCGUCUGGACCAAAGAGGACAAGGAGAAGAACUCGCCCAACCUGCUGCGCAUGAUCCGCCACACCACCAACCUCACGCUGUGGUUCGAGAAGCGCAUCGUGGAGACCAUGAACCUGGAGGAGCGGGCGGCCAUGUUGACGCGCGUCAUUGAGAUCCUGCAGGUUUUCCAGGAGCUCAACAACUUCAACGGCGUCUUGGAAGUGGUCAGCGCCAUCAACUCCGUGCCGGUCUACAGGCUGGAUCACACCUUCGAGGCGAUACCUGAGAGGAAGAAGAGGAUCCUGGAGGAGGCCGUGGAGCUGAGCCAGGACCAUUUCAAGAAGUACCUGGCCAAACUCAAGUCAAUAAACCCACCCUGUGUGCCUUUCUUUGGGAUCUAUUUGACCAACAUCCUGAAGACGGAGGAGGGAAACCCUGACUUCCUGAAGCGUCACGGCAAAGAGCUGAUCAACUUCAGCAAGAGAAGGAAAGUGGCGGAGAUCACGGGUGAGAUCCAGCAGUACCAGAACCAGCCCUACUGCCUGAAGGUGGAGUACGACAUCAGGCGCUUCUUCGAGAACCUGAACCCCAUGGGCUCCAAGAGCGAGAAGGAGUUUGCCGACUAUCUCUUCAACAUGUCCAUGGAGAUCGAGCCCCGCAACUGCAAACAAGCGCCGCGAUUCCCCAGGAAGACCCUCUACCCCCUCAAGUCCCCCGGGAUCCGGCCUGUGCGCACCUCUACCUCGGGCACCCCGAAGGGCCACCCGGUCCCGCUGGAGAGGGAGCCGCCACACAAGAUCACCUUCCGGAGCAUCGCAGAGGCCGAGCCGGAGGUGCAGGCGUCGGCGUCUGUGCCCACCUCGCCCAACACGCCCACCCCCCCUCAGUCCGCGUCCUCCGACCUCAGCUCCGUCUUCAUGGACCACGACCUCAGCAGCUCCUACGGCGGUACCAACUCCAUCUUUGCUCCGGUGCACCUGCCCUCCUCCAAGUCAGUGUCUUGCCUGCACCAGCUGAGCGAGGAGCUGCUCAGGCCGCCGCCCCUCCCCCCGCGCAGGAAGGACGUCACCUUUGAACCCAAAAGCUCCAGGUCCGAGAGCCCCCCCGCCAUCCCCCCCCGGCUGCCCCCACCGCUGCCCCGGACCCAGCCUCGAGCCGUGGACGGGCCCCUGCCCAGCCCGCCACCGCCGCCGCCCCGGGACCCGCUGCCUGACACGCCCCCGCCGGUGCCUCAGCGCCCGCCGGAGAUCUUCAUCAACUACCCACUCAGCAUGCCUCCCACCCCCGUGGGGCGCUACCACUGGGACUUCGGCAGCUCGCCCAGCUCGCCCAACACGCCCCCCAGCACGCCGUCUCCACGGAUCCCGCGGCGGAGCUGCAGCGCCAGUCAGAACAGCCUGUGUCCGCUGCCCGUGGCCUUGGCGGCGCCGCCCGUCCCGCCGCGCCACAACUCCAGCCCGCAGCUGCCCAAACUCCCGCCAAAGACGUACAAAAGGGAGCUGCUGCAGCCACCGCUUGCAGGCCUCCCAUUGGUGGAAAACGCCGACAGCAGCCAGUGAUGCCUCUCGGACGCGAGCCGGUCCACGGUGGACCCGAUCCCAGCUCCCGCUCCGGGUCUUCGCUGCCACUCUGCCUCUCAGGGGAUCAGUAGCUCCGCCUUCAUCAGAAAGCCUUGGUGCCAACCGCCGCCGGUGGAGCGUCGGACCUGUAGCCUCAGCCGCCUCCCCCUGACUCGCCGCCCGCCCCGCAGCAGCGCCGGCUUCCUGUGGACUUCAGAAGAGCAGUUGCCAAAGUCUGCUUUUAUGCAGGGGAUAAGGGAUUCGUCUUCAAACGGAAUCAGAAAAAGGAAACUUCCCCCCACUACACUGUGAUGUAUCCAGUGGACGAGUCCCCGCUUUGUUUCCGUCUCCGCGGCCACAAACGUUGCCUUUCUCAAGUCCUGCGGCGGCGACCUCUGACCCCGGCGCCUGUGCACAUCACGCUGGGGCAGGUCAGCGGGUGCAGCGCCACGUUGGAUGUCUUAACGGAUCACCACACACUGUGCUCCUCUCCGACAGCGCCCCCUAUCGCUCUGCUCACACACCAUCGAACACGCGCAGAUGUGCCUUUUAGUUUGGUUUUCGACUUUACAGAAGAGAAAAAACAAUCUGUGUCUCAAAGAAACAUAGCGUGGCCUCAGUCUGUUUAGAACAAAGCUAUACACUAUGAAAUUGUACAUGUUUGUGGAUACCCUGUACAUACCUGCAUAUAUGUCUAUAUACAUAUGUAUGUACUAUGUAUAUAUACAUAUUUGUAUAUACAUAUGUAUAUACACACACACACACGUAUGUAUACGUAUGUGUAUAUAUAUGUACAUGUAUGUAUACAUACGUAUGUAGAGAAAACACUGACUAAAUCAUUUGUAUAAAGUGAGUUUCCCCCUGUGGUGUUGCUCCCUCGGCCGCAUCUGUCCAGUGAAAUGUUGCCUAAUGACCCCGUGCUGCUGCAGUGGGACGAAAUAGGAGCGAGAGGCCUCCGUCACUAACGUACUUACCGACAGUCUCCAGUUGGAGCCCUGUCGACCGAGGAAAGCCAUCGUGUCCCCGCCACACACGCCGAGCACUUACUGGAUGGGACGCCUGCUUCUCUGGGUUCAGAAUCCAGCGCUCGCCUUCUUUUCCGUGGCCUCCUCCUCCAGGACUGUGAUGCCAACACUGGGGCGAGACCAAGCGCUCGGACUCGUGUGACCCUCUGAAACCUGUUCGCCUGGACUCGAACAGCGUUGUGAAGACUUGGGACUUGUUUUGUUUUUAUUUGGAGAAACACACUGUGCACUUUAGGCUGUACUGUUGACGCCAGUGGGACGGGUCCGGCGCAGCGCUCCGUCUCUCCCUCUGCAUCAGAUCAGGGGCAGGAAAACCACCGCCUGGCUCCGUGUCCGACCACCAGCAGCUCCAGCUCAGCUGUUCGCCCUCCAUUCUCCCUGAGAGCUGCGGAGAAAACCGAGCCGAGUCCAAGCGUUUUGCCGUAGCACUCGAUGGUUCUCGCCUGCCAUCAUUUCCCAGCAAGUCAGUAUUGGUGUGGUUUGUUUAUUUUCCUUUGAAACCCAGCCUGACGGGACAUUUCUCCUCUGGGGGGCGUCGAUCCAGCGGUCGGUUCGUUUGAUGGUAUGUGGCCUUUUAACUGCUUUGUAUUAAUGGUCUUGAUGAGAUUAAUAAAUCACCCAGUCUUAUUUUCUACUCCAGGCUCCUUUCCUCCUUGUUCAUCGGCCUUUUGUCAGUGUUU